CUAUUCAAAUUAAUGGCAGGAACAUACAACUCUCUCUCUCCUUAAACAUGGAUAUAAAUACCAGAACUACAUGUUGCCACCCUCCAUAUUCCAAAGAAAACUACAAAAGCAAUCUUCUCCUCACAAAGAAAUAACAAAGCAAAAACCCCAACUAUCACCAAACAAUGUCCAUGCAAAAGUUUCUAUCUAACCAAAUCACAUCACCUCUUCGGCAAAUAGCCAGAGGAAGGUUGGCUCGACCCUGCGACGUCUUUAUAAACCACCGUGGUGUAGACACCAAGAAGACCGUUGCAGGGCUACUUCACCACCGUCUCUCUCAUCUCAACAUCCACUCUUUCUUGGAUAGUAAGAGCAUGCAACCCGGCGAUAAGCUAUACGAGAGCAUUGGCUCGGCUAUCAGUAAAUGUAAGGUUGGGGUCGUUGUAUUCUCUCCUCAUUACUGCGAUUCGUAUUUCUGCCUACACGAGUUAGCGCUUUUGGUCGAUAUGAAGAAGAAGCUCAUUCCAAUCUUCUACGACGUCAAACCUUCAGAACUUCAAAUCAUGGCCUAUGACAAGUCCACGCUCAAAGAGCUGGUGAGGUUUAGGAAGGCAUUGGAAGAAGCUAGAUAUACAGUGGGGCUUGUGUUCGACUCGCAGAACGGGUAAUUACUUUAAGUUUCUUUCACUUCUUUUUACAAAUCAUAGGAAUGUCUUCACAUAUAAAACAUUCUUAAAAUAAUGUCAGCUGAGCUUUGGCAUUUGACUUAGGGGAGGACGUGUUGAGGUCGAGCAAUGUCUUCCUUUGGGGGAUAACUAUUCAUAAUCCACCGAAUUUCUCUGGACUCCUGGCAGAGAUGCCUCGAAUCCACAAGAAGAGAUAGAAAAUAAUUUUAAUAAAAUUCGUAAUAAUUUGAUUUAUGAUGAUAAACAAGCUUACAACUCUUAAAUAAUAACAUAGACCCUAGGAAGAAGUUUCAGAAUCAUACUAUAACUAAAACUCUUAGAAAUC